AUGAUAACAAACCAGACUGUAUCCCAGCUAGCCUACUCUUCAAGGAAUGCGAUCGAAGGCGGACCCUUAUCUUCAGAGGUGUCCUCAUAAAGAUGGACUGUAAUAGGUUAAACGCAUUUUAGUCAAUCACCCAAGCUUCUGAGAGUAAAAGCAAGCCUACACCAUGACCUCCCAGCCAGACCUGCCCAGCCUCUCUGUGAGCAUGGACUACUUCAACUGGAACCUGCGUCUGCAGGUCAUCGGUCUUGGGUUUUGUUUCUACUCCGCUGUCUUCCUUGUGUGUCAUCUCCUGUCGGCGGCUCUCUGCUCAACCUAUCGCUCACUGCCCGCCAAAGAGAAGGUCUUCUGGAACUUGGCCGCCACAAGGGCAGCAUUUGGGCUCCAGAGCACAGUUGCGGGACUGCGCACCUUGACGGAGGACUCGGCUUUGUUUCAAGACAAGGUGCGCGGGCAGGAGGACUGGUCCUGGUUCAACGUGCUGACGGCGACUGGCUUCUUCCUGUUUGAGAACGUGGCUCUGCACGCCUCCAGUGUGGCCUUUGGCAACUUCGAUGCACCGCUGGCAUUGCACCACUUCUUCGCCCUGUCAGGGUUUGCUGGGGCCGUGGUGUGGGAUUCACUGGGCCACUUCCUGCCCAUGGUCACCCUGCUGCUGGAGAUGAGCACACCCUUCACCUGUAUCUCCUGGAUGCUUCUCAAGGCUGGUUGGGCACGCACCUUAUUCUGGAAGGCCAACCAGUGGGUUAUGAUCCACAUGUUCCACUGCCGCAUGGUGCUCACCUACUACAUGUGCUGGGUGAGCUGGAGCCACUGGGGGGAGCUCAACACGUACGUGGCCCUGCCCCAGCGGCUGCUCUUCUUCACGGGCCUGGCGCUGCUCACCGUCGUCAUCAACCCCAUCUGGACCCACAAAAAGACCAUGCAGCUGCUCAACCCUGUGGACUGGAACUUCGCCAACAAGCCGGCCCCUGAGAAUGGGCCCUCCAAGGAAAGGCCCAAGCAGCACGCAAGCUGAAGGAGUAUCAGUAUCAGUAUCAUGCGUUAGGGAUGUAGAGGAAGAACAAGCAAAGCUUUCAGAUAAGGCCACACAUUGGCCACAAGCAUUUCUAUUCCUACUGACUCUUUGGAUUGGAUUUGGCUUGAGAAUUAUUGAAUGGAGUUGGAGGACUGAUACUCUUAAAAUAUUCUCGUCUUAACAGUGGUCAUGGACUUCAUACAUAGUCACUCAAGAAUUGGCCCAUAAUAAUUAAUGGAAGUGUUUAAAGGGUACUGAUGCCUUUAACAUUUUCUGAGCUUUCAAAUUGGCAUUGACAUUCUAUAUAUAUAUAUAUAUAUAUAUAAUGAAAUUAUAAUUUUGCCAAUGCUAUAUUUAAAUUUUUUUUUAAAUAGAUUUUUUUAAAGCUGGGUUGGAGGGGAUAAUAUUAUUUAGUCUCUUAACUAACACGCUACUAGUCUUACAAAUUGCUAGCAUGUGAUCUUUAAGUUACUAGUAUUUUUGAGUUUGCCAGUCUAUUGGCUAUUCAUGAUUCCUAUAGGUCAACAAUCUUCCAUAUGUUACAUUUGAGAGUGUUACGUUUUCAUGCCUCAUUUGCAAGGGUUUGUGAAAGAAGCUGAAGGAAGAGGAAGACUGUUAACAUCAGUUGGACUUUAAACAGUGGUGUGAUUGUGAGUCAGCAGAAGGGGAAAUGAGAUGUUGGCCAGUUAGAACACAUUCAUGCUGUUGUUGUUGUCGUUGUUGGAUGUUAAACAUCUCAUGCAUGUAUUUACACUUAACAGAGUAACAUGGCUGUGGGGAUCUUGUGAGUGCUGUAAAGAUUGCCAUCUGCCCUCACUGUUCAUUUUAACAAUAAGUCAAAGAGAAAAGAGAAAAUACCUUGGAUUACGAAUGUAAUGGAUGACCCACAUAAACCUCAAUCCAAGCCUAAAGUAUAUGCUCAGAAAAUUACGUUUUUCUACAUGACCAUACAGUGUUAUCAGCCCUAAUAAUACGUAGUAAUAUGUGUUGGUCUGUUUUACACUACCUCAAUUGUUCAAAAGGUGAAAAGAAAUCUUUUCACAUACAUGUAUUUCUGGCUUUGCCUAGGUGAUUUCUUUGUUAUGCUUUUCGAGCAUGUUUUCCCCAAGGGAAGAAAAAGAUUUGCCACAUACAACAGUUCAGAUGUCUGACAUCAUUGAGUCACAUAUUAACACCUGACACAGCCAGACUGGUCCCUUUGUUGCAUACUUAA